AUGUUCGCCUCAUCGAGUUCCAAAAAACCCACUGGUUUGUUUGCUGGAAUAUCCAACGAUUCUUGUGUAAACUUGUUCCAAGUUCCACUUACUACAAACAGUAAUAUUCCAGCCCCAGGACUUUUCGGCAACUUAAAAACCACGGAAUUCAGGGCCAACAUUAAAGAAUCAGGGCCUAGUUCCUCAUCAGCCCACACAAUAGGGAAAAAUAGUAAUGUCUCAAAAACAGUUUUCCAUUCUCCUCGAAGUGGUGAUGGUUUUGAAAAAGAUCGAAAUGAUCGUUGUGUAACUGACACCAGUAUCAAUGGCAAUGCGCACAAUAGCUACUUCGACCUUCCUGGAUCUUCUAACAAUGAAAAAAGGUGCUUAGAUUCAAAUAAUAUCCAGAAUGCCUCUAACUUGUAUUGGCCUGCAGUUAAAUUAUCCCGUUUGCCGAUCGAAUACAACACAAAGAGUUUUCUACUGAAGCACUUCCAAAGUUUUGGUCCUGUUGAACGCAUUAUAUGUCAACCUUCUGUGGAUGCUGCUUAUAUAGCUUUUAACUCUUUGUCUUCUGCAAAUCAAGCUAAACGAUCAGGACGUGCAUGUAUUGCAUCUGCUAACAUUGAUUUGCCUAGCUCAGUCCUUUUUACCAUGGCACGAUGUCGUCGUCAAACUAAUUCUGGAUCAAAAUCAAUAUCACCUAAAUUAGGUCCUAUCAGGGGUAGAAACACUGUGUCCUCCAUAUCCCCAUCACGUACAUCUCUGAAAAGAAUGAUUACAUCACACUCUAAUACAAAGCAGGUCAUGAAUAAAAAGCAAUUUUCCAGAGUAUCUGUUUCAAGUGAUAAUCAGUCAUCUCGUACAUCAGUUAUUGUUGAUAAUCAAUUAUCAUUUACGUCGUCCCAGAUAGUAUGCAAUACACAACCAACAAUAUCCUCUAUUACACGGCCAAAUGCAUUCGCCUAUAAUAAUAAUAGUCUAUUCAAUCAGAAAUCUCCAAGUGCUACUACACUAGAUGAACGACUGUCUGUAUUACAAGAAUAUUAUAAACGUGAUUGUGAACUGAGGUCUAUAUCCAAAUCUGCUGAUCCAAAAAUUCAAUGUUCGGAUAUAUGCAACAGCAACACUGGUGAACCGAUUCGUCAUGCACCCAUUAAAGGCACAUGUGAAGAUAUGUGUCCUGAAUUGGAACGUUAUUGUCGAGCAGCUCAUCAACGUGUAUCUAUAUUUGAGUGUUUACCUACUACAAUGAGUGUUAAUUCAUCUUCUUGGGAGAUGGAUCAUACUCGGGCCGUGAAAGAUUAUCAACGUUCUUCAGCCGAUCAACCUGUACCAUUACCCCGAGAACUACGACCGACAUGUGUUUUGCAACGUACAAUGGCUUAUUUACUAGCUAGCAUAGCUGAUCGCCCAGAAAUUGAUACCAGUCGUAGCCUAUGGAAACCUUGGUAUGAAUUUAUGUGGACACGUACACGAGCUAUUCGCAAAGAUAUACGGCAGCAAAACUUAUGUUGUCCCAUUGUUAUUGGUGUUAUUGAACGGAUAGCAAGAUUUCAUAUUUUCUGUGCUGCACGAUUAGUUGAUCAACCAGUGGAUACUUUUGAUCCUCGCAUUAAUUCAGAAAAUUUAACUCAGUGUCUGCAAACAUUAAAGGAGAUGUACAGUGAUUUAGAUUCACCAAUUACUUCUGAAAAUAUGUGUCCUAAUGAAGCAGAAUUCCGAGGUUAUAUGCUGUUAAUGAAACUGAACGACCAAAACGAGAUCAAUGAAGCUCAACGUUUACCUGAACGACUACGUCAAUCUAAACCUGUACGAUUUGCAUUUGCUACACAUGAAGCUCUCAUAACAAACAAUUAUAUCAGAUUUUUCCGUUUAGCUCGUCAAGCUACAUGUUUAGUUGCUUGUCUUAUGCAUAGAUAUUUUGUACAAAUACGUAGUCAAGCUUUAACGAAACUGUCUUGUGCAUUUGCUGGACAUCCAAAACGAGAAGUACAUUAUCCUAUUUCUACUCUGACACAACAACUCGGUUUUGAAAAUGAAACAGAAUCUAAACAUUUCUGUGAAACAUGGGGUUUAUCAGUGUUUGGUUCAAAUGUGAUAUUUGAAAAACAAAUUCAACCUCAACCACCUACGUUACCAUGGAGAGAACAGAGAUCAUUUCACCUAGUUGAGAAUAAGCGUAUUGGUAUCCCAUUGUCUGUUUUAUUCAAUGGUUCUCCUGUUAAUCCUUCAGAUGCAAUACCAUCUCCUGUUCAGUCUUCGUUUGAUACAAACGGUAAAUAUAUUUGCUCACAAAGGAAACCUACUCAAAAUGAUAGUGAUACACUUGAUUAUAGUAAUCGUAUUGCUGACAAUAAUGUUUGUAAUAAUAAUUGGAUCACUUCAUAUAUGUAUCAACAGCCUAUAACAAAUUCUUCAUCAUCAUCAACAACCAAUUCAUGGUUAACUGAAAGCAAUACAUCUAGCAAAAAACAAAUAUUUGAUGAAUUGUUAGAAUUUAUAUAUAAUGAAUGUGUUGAUGAAGUUCUAUGCUAUUCAAAAUUUGCUCAAACUAUUCUACUUGAAGAGAUAAUAAUUAGUGAAUUAAUCGAGAAGUUAAUUAAAGAUUUUAUUGAAGAUCAUCUAAUUGAUCUUUUUAAUAAUAAAUUAGAUCCUGUUCGUCAAAUAUGUAAAGAAAUCAUGGAAAAUGUAACGAAUGAAACAAUCAACUUAGAUUUACGUGGUUUAGUUAAUCGUGAAUUGGAUUUAGAAUAUCAUUAUAAUGAAUAUUUCAAUCAAUUAAUCAAUGAACAAUUACAUCAAUUGGCAAUGUCUUCUUUAACUUUAUCCAUUGCUACUUCAUUAUAUAAUUAUUCAUUAUUAAAAUGUUGCUUUAAUCGUUUUCAUUAUUUGAUAUGGAAACGUAAUGAAUUAAUGGAACAAGAAAUUUUAUUAAAUACAAUGCCAACAUCAGUUAGUAGUGAUUGUUUGCCAUUAUGCUUAAUGAUUAAUAAUAAUAAUAAUAAUAAUAAUCAUAAUAAUAAUAAUAAUAAUAAUAAUAAUAAUAAUAAUAAUAAUAAUAAUCAAAUGAAUACUAAUGAAAAUGUAUCUACUUUCAAAUUGUUGAAACAUUCAAGUUAUUCACGAAUUUCAUUGGAAAUGCUAAAAUUAGAUAAUGAACUUACUUGGUCUCCUUUGAAACUAUCCCCAAUAUUCUAUAAAUAUCCAUUAGGAUUAUAUAAAUCUAUGUUGAUACCUACUAAUUAUUGUUCAAGUAUUAUACAACAACAUUUUACAAAUAUUUUUUAUUGGAUUACUGAAAAAUUAAAACAUUCACCUAUAAUUCUAUUAAAUGAAUGGUCAAAUUCAUCAAUAAUAUUCAAUAAAUUAUCAGGUAUUAUCAUCAUUGGUUACUUUGAUCAUUCAAUCACUAAAGAACAAUUAAUGUCCAUGUAUUCAACUGAUAUAAUGAAUAACUAUGAUAAAGAUAUAAUUAAUCGUUUAUUGAUUUUAGUUGUAACUUAUUCAUUACAAGAAAUUCCUUGUUUAUCAUCAUCAUCAUUUGAAAAUGUACAGAAUAAUUAUGACGAUGAUAUCUAUUUUGUACGUUUAUGUAAUCCUAUUACAUUUGGACAAAAAAAAUUUCAACCUAGUCCAUUUUGGUCAGUGAAUUUACAGCAUGGUCUUAAUUGGAUAGAAGAAUGUUUUAUGAAAAAAAUUAAUCAUUUCAAUCAUAAUGAUCAUUACACAUUUCAAAAUGGACAUAAUGCUAAUGCAAAAUAUUCCUUGUUAUCAUCAUCAUCAUCAUCUCUAUUGAAUAGUGAAAUUACCAUCUUGUAUACAAAGCUGUAUAGUUUAAUAAAUGAAUAUAUUGAUAUAGCAUUAUUACGUCCAUUGGGUAAUUUGUCUAAAAGUUGGAAGUUGCACGGGCUUGUUGAUCCAUCAUUAAAAUCUUUAAUUAAUGAAUAUCAUUCUACAAUCUCUUAUUUAUUGAAUCAAUUGAAUCCUAUUCAUGAAACUCUUACGAAUCUAUUACAGAAUAUACUUAUUCUACCAGAAAAUAUUCUUCAUUUAUUAUUCAUUGAUUUAUAUGAAGAGAAUAAAAUAAUGAAUCAAGAAACUAAUGAAGUUACCAUAACAACUAAAUGGAAUAUUUAUCUUGAAAAUUGGUUAAUUAUAUCCAAACAAUUAAAAUUAAAUUCAUCAAUUAAAAAUUGGAUAUUGACAUUAUUUCAUAACAUUGAAAAAGAUUAUUUCAUACAAUUAAAAAAUCAAUUAUUCAAUUCUAUUAUUUAUUCAUCAUCAUCAUCAUCAAUGAAGAAGAAUAAAUUAUAUUUACCGCCAAUUUAUUUAGCGCCUAAUUUAAAUGUAUUUUUUGUUUUAAUUUAUCAUUGUUUAAAUAAUUUAUCAAAAUUAUUAUUAACUAUGAAUAAUGAAUUAUGUAAUCAUAAUCAUAAUAAUAGUGAAGAAUUUAAUAAAUUAAUUGAAAUGUCAUGUAUUAUAACAAAGUUAAUUGAUCAAAUGAAAUCAAACAAUAUUGUAAAUCAGUUAAUUGAACACUUCAAAAAAUUAGAUGAACCAUGUAUGACACGUUCAAAUGCAAUUAAUUUAUCAUUAGAUCAUUUACGUAGAAAUCAAAUAGAAACUUGUUUACAAUCUGUACGUAAACAAAAUUCAUUUACAUCCAUUGAACACAAAGAAUCAUUAUCAAUGAAAAUGUAUCAAUUAUCUUCAAAAAUUCGUAAAAUUGAAAAUUCUAUGAAUGAUGCCAUUAAAGAAACAAUGGAAUAUCAAUUAAAAAACAAUUCCCCUAACUGA